AUGACGAAUAACAUACUUCGUCCAGUGAUAGAAACAGGAUAUGAGAACCUGUUGCUUGUAAGGUUGCUUGUUGAGAUCAAGAUACCCUCUGUUCGAAAAUCAUCAGUUGCAGAUGGGCUUAGCAUCCAAGAUAUAUUGGAGAACUGGUCAAAACUGUUGCCCACUCUCAUGGAUGAGUGGCAAGAAGAUAGGGAAUCUCUUGUAGAUCUCUUUGGCCGUGUAAGGGAUGACUGGCUUGAAAAUGAUUUGUCUGGCUGGAUAGGUGCUAACAGGUUUUAUCCUGGGACGGCUGAUGCAUUAAAGCUUUCAAGCUCUGAACUUUACAUAGUCACAACAAAACAGAGUAGAUUUACUGGAGCGCUACUCAAAGAAUUGGCUGGAGUAGAUUUUCCCUCUGAAAGGAUAUAUGGCCUUGGCACUGGUCCAAAGGUAAAAGUUCUCCAGCAGUUGCAGGAAAUGCCACAGCACCAAGGUCUAACACUUCAUUUCAUCGAGGACCGACUAGCGACUCUGAAGAACGUGAUGAAAGAACCAGCGCUGGACAAAUGGAACCUCUACCUGGUGAAAUGGGGAUACAACACACAGAAAGAGAGGGAAGAAGCAGGGGCCAUACCAAGGAUCCAACUCAUUGAUCUCCCAGAUUUCAGUAAGCAGCUGAAAUAA